AUUCCAUGAUUGACCAAGAAUGUCUUUUAAUAAAAUGUGAAGAAUGGAAAAAAUGUGAUCCGUCUGUCAAAGUGUUUCUUAGACCAAACUGUAGUGGCGAAGAUGGUGGUUGCCGUGUUCUUAUAUGUGAUUUCCAUAGAGAGCAGGCAUGGCAUCGCUGUAUUGUCAAAAAAAUAAACAACUGCUCAGAAUUUAAAGACCCAAUAAUUUCAAUGCUACGAAAUAUUGCAUGGGCACAAAAUGAAAAGAUGGCAGAUGCAGCAAUAGUUAAGCUAAAAUGUUCCAACUUUUGGUUAGACAACAAAUAUCAUAAAUUUAAGAAAUAUAUUACUAAUUAUUGGUUACAAAUUAAAGAAAAAUGGAUAUGGGGGUAUCGUCAGGAUAGAUUUUUAGUAAACCUUAAUACCAACAAUGGAAUUGAAAGGCAACAUGAAUCUUUUAAAUAUUCUUAUCUUCAAAGACAUAAAAAUUCAUCAAUUACUGGAAUGCUUACUCUUUUAAUAGAAGAGUUUUUUGCAGAUUAAUUUGAGAAGUAUUCAGAAUCUAAUUACAAAAUGGAUUGUCGAUUUAAACAAUAUAAUUCUAAUGUACCUGAAUACUUGAAAAAUAGGCAUCACACCAUUUUAUUAAACAUUGUUUAGCGAAGCAAAAUUUGGCUAACAACACUGAUCUAAAUAAAGUGCAAAUGAAAGAUCCUGGUGUAUUUGUAGUCAAUAGCUUUUCUAUUGCAAACAAAAAUUACCUUGUUAACUUUGGCGAUGAGAAGAACAUGCCAAAAUGUUCAUGUAAUGAUUGGUUUAAAUCUUCCUAUCUAUGCAAACACUUUUUUAUAAUUUUUAGAAAGUACCCACUAACAUGGGGAUGGGAGUCUAUAUCCUCUUUAUAUAGAAGUUCUCCAUUUUUAAAUAUUGACACAUUCACUAAUGAUUUUGUAUAAAGUAAAUCAAAUAUAAUCAAGUGUAACCAUGUGAAUCAUAAUAGUUUCAACUUAAUUAAUGACACUAUUUGCAGUACAACAACGAUAAAUCCAUAUAAAGAUAGUACAAGAAAAAGAGGUUCUACAGCCUCUGAAGUCUGCAAAAUGCUAGCAACCAUAAAAAAUUUAACAUUUGAUUUUGAUGAAUCAUCAGAAGAACUAUCUGAUCUACAUGAAACACUUUUAAAUGUACUUAAAAAGCUUUAUCAAGCAAGAAAAAAAGAGAAAGGUCUACCAUUAAGCUCAGGUUAUGGUAUGCAUGAAUAUGUACACAAAAAACAAAAAAAUAUAGUUGAUUUACCUGUUGUUAAAAAAAAUUUGUAUUCCAAUCGUGUGGGUGAAAAAAAAGAAAAGUUGAUGGUAGCCUCUAUAAUAAAAAUUGAAAGUAAUUUUUAUGAAGCACCAGUGUAGGAAUCAAUUAUCACUGAAGAUCAAAUAACUGGUGAUAAAACUUUUCAAACAAAUUCUUUUACAAAUGAUUAUUUAGGAAAAUCAGUUUUAUUUGAAAGAAAUUAUUCUUUACUUUCACAAGAAGAUUUUGAAGACAUUUCGAAAAAUCGAAUGUUAUCUGAUACAGUUAUUAAAUGUUUUCAAGAUAUGUUAAAGAAAGCUAACCCUUAUGCAAAUGGACUUCAAGAUCCCAUAUUGGGUCAAUUAUUAAAGUUUGAUGUUAUUGGUUCUUUACCAUUUGUACAAAUUAUAUAUAACGGGGAUUACCAUUGGCUUGCCAUCAGUACAUAUGGUUGUUCAUAUGGUGAAAUAAAUGUGCUUGAUAGUAACUUUCAUGGGUGUUUAAGCCUUGAAACACAAAAACAAAUAUGUGCCCUUUUAAAGUACAAAAAAGAUGAGAUUACAGUAAAAGUGCUUUCAGUACAGCAACAAGAUGGUGGUAUUGAUUGUGGUUUGUUUUCAAUAGUCUUUAUUGAAUUUAUUUUAUCACAAAACAGGUAUCCUAUAGAAGAUAUUUGGUUUGAUCAAACAAAGUUAAGAAAUCAUGCCCUUUCCUGUUUAAUAAAUAAUUUAAUAACUCCUUUUCCACUUACAAAUAAUGCAAGCCGUAGAUGCUCUCCAAAGGAAUUUAAAUUAAAACUGUACUGUUCUUGCAGGAUGAUUUGGAUUCCAUCAGAUAGAAUAAUUUGUGGAAGGUUUUGUAUUGCAUGUUUUAUGUUUGUUAUGGAGUGUACAUAUAAUGCCUGGCUAGUAAGUGACCGGGUCCCCGGUCCCGGCUAAAAACAGAGGUUUUUUGCAAACCCGGCCCCGGCUAAACAAACAAAAUUUGCAGAGGUUACUAGCUGGGGCUAACAAAUAUAAAUUCAACUAUUUUCUAGUAUUUAUCAAUUUCUUUACAUUUAAAUACUUGAAUAGCUCAACUAUGUAAUUCUAAUGAUUAAAAUUACAAUUAAAAAGUUACUUACAUUUUAAAUGUAAAUGCAAUUUUACAAUAAAUUUAUCUUCUGAAAUUUAUUUUAGGAUAUUUUUGCCCCGGUCACAUAUUAACCCUGGUCGCUUACUAUGCCUGGCUGUUUUGGUUGUAGCUGUGGCUUUGUUUAAUUUAAUUAACUCAGAGGUGUACACUGGAUUUUUAGAUAAAUAAGUUUUGGCACUUAUAGACAUUGCAAACUUUAACUUUUGUAUGUUCACGCUUAUGUCAAAUAAGAAUGUUUAGCAAAGAGUUGUGGUGAUUGGCGUUUGGGAACAAAAAACCUCUAAUGGGCCUACCCAGCCAAUGUGGGAGCAAUGAGUUAGUAAAAUAUUUUCUUUACUAUUUUUAUCUAAAUUUAUAUCCAUUAACAAAUUUCAAAUUUCAUGCAAUAACAUCUUUUUAUGACCCUGCAAAUUUUACAGCCCCCUCAAAUUAUGGGCGGUUAAAACUUUAUAUAGUUAUAAUUUUAGAAAAAUUAGAGAUUAUUGCACAAUGAAUAUAAAUUUAGAUUAAAAUAGUAGAGAAAAUAUUUUAUAAACUCAUUGCUCUCACGUUAAGGACUGGGUAGGCCCCAAAAAAUAAAAAAUUUCUGUUUCCAAGCUCCAAUCAACACAAUUCUUUGCAAAACAUUCUCAUUUGACAUAGGUAUGAAUAUGAAAAAGUUUGUAGUUUGCACAAUGCCUGUAAGUGACAAAGCUCAUACAUCUAAAAAUCCAGUAAAAAUCUGUAGCUAUAUAUAUAUGUGUGUGUAUGUGUGUGUGUGUGUGUGUGUGUGUGUGUGUGAGUGUGUGUAUAUUAAGGCCCUGUGAAUCUGCAUUUUUAGUUUCGAAUCAAUCAGGUCUUGAUUUACGAA